AAACAGUGGGCGAAGAUGGCGUCAGGGAAGAUGGGUGGGGGUAGUAACAAAUUGGAGAGAGGCGUGAAUGGAAAACGGUCAUCUAAACUGAAAGAGGGUCCUGUUGCUCCAACCGCUGACCCUGACAGCACUCACCUGACCAGAGGGGAAACUGACAUGGACAGAACACUGAACUCAGAUGCUGUGAUGGACACACAGGGAGUCUUUGCAGCCCUGUACAGCGUGUGUGAAGAAAAUGCUGCUUUCUUCUCGGGUGGAGCCAAGGGGUCACAGAGUGAUGCAGCCCGACGGCUGGUCGACACCACGAAACUGAUCCAGGAGCACGCUCGCAGUCUGGAGCCRGUUAUUUCAGGCUUUGCUGCUGUUUACCAUCAUUUUGAUUUUGACCCACACAUACCUGCUAAUGGCUAUCGCUCACUGGUCAAGGUCGUACGUUGUUGCCUUCUCCAUAUCAUCCACAAGGGGCGCUACAUCACGGCUAACCGGCGCAGCAUCUUUUUCCGAGUUGCACACAAUGCGGGGGAGAUGGAAGCCUACUGCAAUGCUCUGUGCCAGCUGCGUGCCCUGCUGUACCUGGCUCAGCGCAUGCUGCAUGACAACAGCCAAGGCAACCUGUUUGUCCAGGAUGAAAGUGGACUCAGUGAGAGUUUUGUCCGUGAAUAUGCGUCGAUGCAUAAAGCGUGCUUCUAUGGCCGCUGCCUUGGCUUUCAGUUCACUCCAGCUAUUCGACCAUCUCUCCAGACGAUCGCUAUCGGCCUUGUGGCCUUUGGAGAAAACUACAAGCGCCAUCAGUCAGGAAUAGGAAUAGGUGUGGCAGCCAGCUCUUUCUUCACCUCAGGGAAGUAUGCCAUCGACCCAGAGUUGAGAGGGGCAGAGUUUGAACGCAUCACSCAAAACCUGGACGUCCAUUUCUGGAAGAACUUCUGGAACAUCACYGAGACUGAAGUUCUGUCGAGUCUUGCCAGCAUGACAUCUACUCAGGUUAAGGUGAACCGAGCUYUUUCAGUUCCUGCUGUGUCCUUCGACCUUCCACAGGCAGCCAAUCACGGAGCCUCUGUGACUAUAGCUCCGCCCUCAGCGCACAUCGGCCCUGCUCCCGUUCAGAUGAGACUUAUCUCUUAUGAUCUGCGUGAAGGGCAGGACAGUGAAACGCUGCUGUCUCUGUGCCGCUCUGAGGGGGGUGCCAUUUCUCUAUCGCUGGGACUGAAGACCAAAUGCCUUCCUUCUUCUCCAUGCCUCCUCAUCCACUUCCAUGGCGGAGGCUUUGUGGCUCAGACUUCCAAGUCGCAUGAGCCCUAUCUGAAGAGUUGGUCCCAGGACCUUGGUGUUCCUAUCCUAUCAGUGGAUUACUCUUUGGCCCCUGAAGCCCCCUUCCCUAGAGCGCUAGAAGAGUGUUUCUACGCCUACUGCUGGGCUCUGAGAAACCACCACCUACUAGGGUGGACUGGAGAGAAAGUGUGUUUGGCUGGUGACAGCGCGGGAGGAAACUUGUGCGUGACGACAUCAAUGCGGGCUGCUGCCUUUGGUGUGCGGAUGCCAGAUGGCAUUGUGGCAGCCUAUCCAGCUACCUUACUGACGGCCUACGCAUCGCCCUCCCGUCUGCUCACGCUUAUGGAUCCCCUGCUGCCACUCAGCGUGCUUUCCAGGUGUCUCAGUGCCUACGCAGACACAGUGAGGAAAAGUGUUUCAGCUGCAUCUAUCUCUUCUCCUCACGCUGACCCUCCUGUGCCAAACGAGCCAUCAGAGUCUCCCAACAGGAAAUUAUCUGCGAAGAGCAAGACAUGCCAGAACUUGGGAACCCACAACAAUGCCACUCCCGAAAGCCCGCCGCUGCUCUCGGAGCACACUACAGAAAAUGUGAGUUUCUUCCUCUCUGCGGACGGUGAUACCUCCAUGUCCUACGACCUGUCUUCUGUGGCCAUUCCACCCCCUGUUAGAGAGGACGGAUCGGAGCUGGAGCAGUCCAGGGAGUUUCCUCUGGGCUUUGAGCCUCUGCGAUCUGAGCAGCUGGCCGAGAUGAGGGUGCAGAGUUCUCCACUGGUCAAGGAUCCUUUCUGCUCACCUCUGCUGGCUCCUGACAGCAUGCUGAAAGGGCUGCCUCCUGUGCACAUAGUGGCUUGUGCACUAGACCCCAUGCUGGACGACUCGGUGAUGUUUGCCAAGCGUUUGAGGAGCGUAGACCAGCCCGUCACUCUGUGCGUGGUGGACGACCUCCCCCACGGCUUCCUCAGCCUAUCGCAGCUCUCCAGGGAGACGAAGGAGGCCGCCAACGUCUGCGUGGAGCGAAUUCGCACCGUCUUCACCCAGAAGGACACGCCCCCAGAGCCGCGCAAACACCGCAAGCUGGAACGGAUCAACCGGGGCGUGACGACACUUUCCGGGGAAACCAGCUCUCUCCUUGUCGGCCCCGCUGAAGACGCCGAGCCAGCUGUGGGGAGAGCGGCUAAACUUGCUGAUGGGGAGGACUCUGUUGCCACAGCAGCCCAGAAUAACACUGACGCUGGCGGCAUCGGUGCUUAAGUACAGUUUGAUGGAAUAAAAAAAGGACUUCAGUUCACCCAAGGAGUGAAAAGAGAAAUAAAAGUAAAAUAAAAAGUAAAUGAAUGUCAGACAGUUCAAUGCCUAAAGAUAAAGAUGGUGCUCUGAAUAAGAGGAAGGGGGUGGGUGGGAGCAGUCUAGAAGAUUGCUCUUUGUUUUAAAGACAAAAAAGAGGAGGCGAAGCUCUGAAAUGUAUCCUCUUUGAGUUCACAGUUCUUAUUACUUAUCUGUGCAUCUUUAUGCACCGACGCAAAUCUGACAGACAAAACGAACACACCCACAAAACAAGCCGCUGUGUUUCACAAUGAGAGGAUAAUUCUGAAGCCUUUAAAAUCAAAGCCACUCACCCACACACAGCUCACAUACUCAGAGUUUGCGUUGGGCAGCCGAGGCUCAGACACAAAGCAGCACAGAACAUUCUUCAGACGAGGCCUGAAUGGGUGAUUCACUGAGGCCGAGGCAGACCCUAAUCAGAUAGUGGUGGGCACACUGUAUGCUUCUGUGUGGAGGCAUCCUCAUCAAAAUGGCCWCUUGUCCUUUAGGGAUCUUCUCUAAACCACACUUAAUAACUUGCGUUGUCUUCUCCAUAAUGCCACUUUGGCAGUCAAUACGGCUCGCUUUGUGGAUCCUAACUAUGUUGACUCUCUCGUAAAUGGAAUUAGAAAGCUAAACACAACACUCUAAACUGAAAGAACUGAUUUCUUUCUUUAGACUCUCUUGCAGUUUUUUUUUCUAAAUCUCACAGAAGACUCCACGGAGGAAUGUUUUAUUUAUGUCACUUUAUUUUCUUAUUAUUCCUAACUGACUUGUUUAAGCAUUGUAUUAUUUAAAUGCAAUCAUUUGCUGUUUAUUUACUAUAGUUUUAUAUAUAUGGUCUAUUUACCUCUGUUUUUUGGGCUCAGCUGUUGACUUUUGUUAGUUUAUUUUUUCAAUUAGGCUCAUAUCCUGUUCAUAGGAGUUAUAGAAUUGGAAGGAAAACAUGAAUAUUAUAAAGGGACACAGUGUCUCUUUGAUAGGACUGUUUGUAGGCUGCAUUGUAUUGAUUGUUACAAUGAAACAUUCAUUUGAAAGCAAGCAAGUGCYGGGAAAUGGUGGGUUCAUUUUUUUGUAAGUUAUUACAUUGAGAUGUGCUUAAUAAGCAAAUGUUUUUAGUAUUUCUCAACUGGAAGUGGUUGCUUGGUAUUCUCAUCCUGUGAAAAUGGAGUUGGAGUGCACCAGUUAAAAGCCCAGCUCUGUUAUUACACAUUUUAAACUUGACAAUGUUGACUUMUUUGUAAGUCGUCACAGCCUUUCUUUCUUUUUCUGUUUUCCAUUUUUUCCCCUUUUUUUUUCUGUGUCCAAGUACCACUUUACUCCAGCCAGGAUAUUUCUUAUCUGACAGCUUGUUUUCUUUUUGUAACAAGUCAGAAGCUUUUAGGCAAAUCUUGAGGAACCCUGCUGUCAAAGCCAACGGCAAAAGAAAAACUGUAAAUGUCGUCUAUUUGUGUUUGAAGUAAAAGUGGCUGGUGGCGCUUUCUGCUGCUAAAAGUUUGUUUUAUUUGCUUCUGAUGGCACAUCCUCCUCAGUGUUCAUUAAAGUAAACACAAAUGUCUUUCAGGAGGUUUGUCCUUACAUCAGGGCUCGAGACGUAUAGCUGCCAACAAUGCUGGCUCUGUCUGCCCUGCCCGGUAAUAGACCAGAGGUUGCCAGGUCUGCAGAGAGGAACGCUGUUUGAUGAAUAGGAUUUAGCUGACGCUCCGAGUGUGAAAYCCUCCUCCCCCCUGUGGAAGUGCAGGAUUUUCCAGCCGCAGUCAUGCUACAGGAUUAGUCCAUAGUCAUUUCUGUCAGCUCGAAGUACUUACUGUAAUAUUUUUAGUCAGAUUGAUGGAAAGAAGUUACAAACUCUCUCGCUCUCUGAGAUUUUGGGCUGGAGUUAGAAUUUGCUUUCAAACCUGCUGUUUUUGCUCACUAAGCACUUUCGCUGCAUUUGGUUUGUCGAUAUGUGCAAGUUUAUUUUAAGCUCCUGCUUGUGUUAUUGUUGUCGUUCCUUUUUUGUGGUUUGCGGAUCAAACCGUGUGCUUUUACAUGAUUGGAGCAGUCGUUUAAGUGGGGGGUGGGGUCRUGUGUCGUGUGUUCACAUAAAGACAAGCACGACACUUCCCUGUCAAGAGACGGUGCUGAGGGCCAACACUUUUUGUGUUAUCAGGCCUCUAAUGGACCACAGGUUUUGCUUGGAGUAUGGAGAGUUUGGAUAUUUCAUAACUACCGAGAACAGCAGCACAAAUGAAGGACUCCAGAGCUGAUUUUCAGGGGAAAAAAAGUUUUAAAAAAAUGACACCUAUUGUGUUUUUAACUCUGACAUUUCUUCAUGAAUGAAAGUGAUGGACACAGAUUGUGUUUUGUUGAAAUCUUUGGUAUUUUGAGACAAAGUCGUGAAUUCUUCAAAUGCACUUAGCUUUAAGUUGAAUUAAUUCUCAGUGUUUAUUUAGAUUUGUGUUUCUCAGUCUUGUUAUGUGUUUGGGGAYAACUUCAAGUUCAAAUUGUGGAGUUAAAAACACUUCUGGAUGUUCUCCUCGUGUGUAUUUCUAGCCCUCAAGAGCUUGUUUGACUAGAGAUUUAUUUUUUCCGGUUCAYCAGUUCAGUAAAUGCAAAGUGCAAUACUGCUACAACAGUGAGGUGUUUAUACUUGCGUAGUUGGUUACACACCAGCAUCUUUUUUUGUUCCACAUCUCGAGUCAGAAAUGAAGUGCUGCAGCUUACUGAUGUGCAAUGUGUGUGACUCACCUCAAGCUUGGGCUCCCCAGAUAAUAUACCAGCCCAUAAACGUUUAGCUUUAUUAAAGUCUGUCUGUAAAAAUGUUAGUUCGUAAAACUUACCYCAACAUGUUGUCAGAAAUGUUUCCUUUUGACAUGUUUUGCKUGUGGUUUUCAUUUCAAGCAGAACCUAAGAAAGCAAUCUUGCAGCAGAUGCUCUGUCCUUGUUUGUUGCUGUUAACCGUUACCACUGAAACACAGGUGUUAGUCUGUGGAUAACCUGCGCCUCAUAUGCAAAUUGCGUCGCAUCAAUCCUGAUGUAGAGUAUGCUCGCUCAUUAAAAAAGAGAGUAAGGAGGCAAAAAAAUAAGCCAUAGAAUAGAAAAAAAGUGUUUAUUUUUUAUCUUUGUAAAUCUGUAUUUUUUGCUGUAAACACCACAAGUGCAAAUCUGAAUGUAAAAGAAUGUAUACGAUGUUAUAAUUCAUGCAGAUUAUUUAACUUUAUUUUUAAUCUGUUUUUUUUUCCACUGCAUUUUUUGCAGGUUCCAUAUAGUGUAUGUAAUACACGAUACUCGUCUCUUGCUGAUUUUAUCUAAAUAAAUAUAUUCUCCUAUGAAA